AUGGCUGAAUUAGCAGGCUUGGCAUCUUCAAUCGCCACUCUGGCCGCUGCUGGAUUCCAUGUUGCAAGGAAGAUCUCCACAGUGGCAGACGACCUCGGAACAGCAAGCAGUCAAAUCAAGUCGAUUGCCCUGGACACCAAGGCCGUGGCCAUCAUCCUGAGAGACAUCGAAGCCAAGCUGCUGAUGGGCAAAGACUCCUCUCGCGAACUUAAUGAAGAUACCCGAGAUGUGCUCACUGAGGUCCUGGAACUAUGCAGAUAUGAGAUCGAGGACCUGGAUCAGAACCUGGCGCCGUUAAAGGAUGAUGAUAAAAGAGGGGACACCGCAAACCUGAAGCAGAAGGCGAAAUGGCUGUUUGACAAACCCAAAAUUGCAGCAAGACAGGCAUCUCUCAAUUCACUCAAGUUGACGCUGAGCCUAUUGUUGCAUAAUGUCCACUUGUUUGACGGGGAGCGGUCGCAGUGA